AUGAGUUACAUUGUGUCGACAAAAUGUGGAAGGUACAAAGAAGGUUUCGAUUUUAGUGCUGAAAGAGUGACGAGGAGCAUUGAUGAGAGCCUGGAGAGGUUGCAGCUUGAUUAUAUUGUGACUGAGACCAUUCCUGCACUUGUUAAAUUGAAGGAAGCAGGAAAGGCUAAAUUCACUUAUGUUCUGGAUAGAGUUCCACCUGGAACAGUUGAUGUAAUCCUAUCAUAUUGUCACUACGGUGUAAAUGACUCCACUUUGGAGGAUCUCAUCCCUUAUUUGAAGAGCAAGGCUUCCGUGGAACUCAAGGCUGCAUGUCAAGAUGCUGCUGCUUAUUGUAAAGAGAAAGGAAAGAAUAUAUCUAAACUAUCUUUGCAAUACAGCUUAUCAAAUAAAGAUAUUUCUAUCUUGGUUGGGAUGAAUUCAGUCACACAGGUUGAUGAAAAUGUAGAGCUGCAAUAG